CAAAACAUGGGGUGCAGGUAAAGGAAUGUUCAUGUUCCCGGAGUUAAAUGUGGUUUGUUAACAAGACGUGAAGUUUAAGCAAUACAGGUUCGGGCAGGCUUGAAAUCUGGAAUCUGAGAUGUUUUCUCUUCGGUUCAGAUCGCACCUUCAGCUCAGAAUGUGGGUUUGCACCAUUUCCAGAGAAGGUGCCCACAAACUGGCCUCGAUUCAUAAAGCUACAGUCCUGCCCCAGAAAAAAGUCAAAGGAAUACUUUACCCCUUUGAUGAGCUGGAGCCCUACAUUAGCAAGUCUGUGGACAGGACACCUUUCCAGCUUUUUCAUCCCAGCUUGGAAGACAUGGUUAAAGCAGAAAAGGUGUUUUGUGUUUCGCCAUUUCAUAAGAUUGAUUACUACACCUCAGCAGAGAGGAUGGACCAUGCACCGGUACUGGCACCACCAGAGGUGUGUUUCAUCGGCCGAAGUAAUGUAGGAAAGUCAUCACUUAUUAAAGCUCUGUUCUCACUGGCUCCAGAUGUAGAAGUUCGAGUUUCCAAAACUCCAGGUCACACAAAAAAGAUGAACUUUUACAGAGUGGGCAAAGCUUUCACUGUUGUGGACAUGCCAGGCUAUGGGUACAGAGCACCCAAAGAUUUUAUAGAUAUGGUGGAACCUUAUCUUUAUUCCAGGAAGAAUCUCGUAAGGACGUUCCUCUUGACGGAUGCCAGCGAUGGUCUGCAGGAUGCCGACCUCAUUGCACUGGAAAUGUGCGAGGAGUUGAAAUGUCCAUAUGUGAUGGUGGCGACCAAGAUUGACAAAUGCGGGUCCGGAAAGCUGGUGUUAAACCUUUUGAAUCUUCAGAAUAUGAUGAAUACAAACACUUCAACCUGCUUCCCCCAACCAUUUCUGGUCAGCUCCCUGCACUUUUUGGGGAUAUACCUCCUGCGAUGCUUCAUUGCCCAUGUUACUGGGAGCAUUCGGUUAUCAGACACCUUCCAAAGCUGUAGAGAGCCACACUGACCUGGACUGGGAAUUUAUAGGUGCAGGACUAUUUCAUCUUGUGACAUUGUCUGUUUCCA